AUGCUUCGUCGCUCGCUGCAGCACCCAGCGUCGCAGGUCCGCGCGCUCAGCUCGUGGAGCAGCAAGGCGCUGUCGCACAAGAAGACGUCGGCGCAAUGUCUCUUGGUCGACGGCAACAAUCUCCUCUACGAGAUGUACGAUGCACGGUGUCAAUUGAGCUGGAACGGCGGGCCCACGGGCACGGCCAUGCGCUUCGUGAAAUGCGUCUACGACCUCGUGCGGGCCAAGCAGCCGCAGCGCGUUGGCAUCUUCUUUGAUACAGCGACCAAGACGCAUCGCCACUUGAGCAACCCCAAGUACAAGCAGUCGCCCACACGAAAGCCGAUGCCGGACGCCCUCCGCGCCCAGUUUGACGUCACGCUGCACCUGCUGCGAGCCCUCGGCCUCAAAGUCAUUCAGAAACCUGGUGUCGAGGCCGACGACUUUAUUGCCUCGUACACCAAGAUCUGCACAACCGACGGGUACGACGUCAUCGUCGUGAGCAACGAUGGCGACAUGCACCAGCUCGUGCAGUCGCCGACGCUCUCGCCACUUGCCAAGCAACACGUUGUCAUCUACAAGCCGACGCGCGGCGUGUAUGUAGCCGAGAAGCAAGUGCGCAUGUUCCUGCACGGCGGCGCACCAUCGCUCCACCCCGGCAUCCGCGCGCUCUGCGGCGACCACUGGGGCAAAGCGUCGGGUGUCCCCGGUGGCCUUCCCGUUCCGAUUGCGGUAGCGCUCCUCAACGAAUUUGGGAGUUUGCCGCGCCUCCUCCGCAGCCUCAACAAGGUCGACGAUUUGAACCUGCGGCGCCGGCUCCAAGACGCGAUUUCGGCGCUUGAAGUCUCGUAUAGAAUGUCCAAGCUCCAGGACAACGUCGCGCUGCCCGUGGCGCCCGCGGCCUUGGAUGUCCUCUUGCCGCUCAAAUUGGAUCGGUCGGUGCUGCACGAUUACCUCGGCCCCGAUGGUAUGGCCACUGUGCUCGCCGACCCGAAAAACAAGCGCGGCAAGUUUAACAAACGAGCGCAUGUGUUUCUUGUGCCGGAGCCGGAAGAAGAGCUCGAUGCGCCGACAGAGGCUGAGCUCGACAAGUGGUUUGACGCUGUCGCCAACGGCCGCGACUACAAAUAAUC